AGCUACAGGGAUAUAUUUGGGUCCCCUCCCUGCUGUCUUUAAUUCAAUCUCGACUCGGGCAGAUGAUCAUUAUUACCUAUCACGAGAUAACUGCUCGCAACGAAGACGGAGUAGCAGAGCUACGCCCGCAACUCAUCGUAUUCAAUUCGUGAGGGGUGCCUCCGUGAUUCACUACCUCGAAUUGCGCACCAACUAUCGCGACACCUCGUGCGCUAAGGAAGGGAAACAAGGCAAGCAAUCAAGUCAGCAUGAGCGUCACUCAUCUUCCCCCGGAGAUUCUCAUCACCAUUUUGGAGUAUUGUGUCGCAAACCACUACAACAAAAAGAAUGACCUUCUGCAACUUCGGACAGUAUGUAAGCUAUUCGACGAUGUCCUGAAGCCCUAUGGCCUACGUACACUCCAAGUUGACUACACGAGGCUGUCGCGAUCACAGCUGCCUUCGCUCGACACGGAUGCUUUGGAAAGGGCCGGGAGCCUAUGCCGAGCACUAUUUCUCGAUAUGAUGCUCAUCAGAGACGAAGGCGAGGUGGAAUAUCUCGGCAAGAUAUUCAAGAGGGUUCCCGCCAUGAGACCCUUCCUCGACGGGCUGUACGAACGAUACUGUAUGAAUGAAGCUUCAUUCACCGAAGCCGAAUAUCGCGAACACCUUGGCAGCGUGCUAGAGAUGGCCAUGAACGUGGACGCCAUACGCCUGAACCUCCCUUUUCAGCUAAUCUCCAAACAUGUCCACGCCUCGACCAUGAUCUUGGGAAACACACUCGAGGCACUUGCUCGCAGGCCAGAAGAUUCGGAGGCACUGAAGACGCUCGUGCUAGAGAACCUGACCGACAUUGGCAUUGUUAGACUUUGGAGAAACCCACAAGACGUCAAGAAUAUCAUGGAUACAUUCGUCCACCUUGAGCAUCUCCUUAUGUCAGUACGAAGACACGAAGGCGAGAGGUAUCACACUAUUGGCUUUCAGCAGCGCCUUUGGGAAAUGAUCGGCAAGGCUGGCAAGCUGAAGAGCCUUUGUCUCAUCAGUUUGAACAUGGACGAGUUGCUAUUCCAGCAAGUCAAGCGUACUUCUCAGCGAGACUGCACUCUGAGCGACUGGAAUUUCAGAUCCAUCCCGACAAUACGCAAACCGCCAAAGUCUGUACUGCCAUAUCUUGCCUCACUCGAGCUUCGGCGCGUCGAUAUCCAGCCAUGCGGCUUCUUAUCUCUAUUCAAGUGCUUUGGUAGUUCGCUCAAGGAAUUGAUACUAAACCAUGUCUACCUCAAGACUACCUACAACGCGCACGAACCCGAGGAUGUUGAGAAAAACCUUUGGAUUGGUUACCCCAACCAACGCCCACCACCGAACCACAGGUGGAUUGCGAUGACUAUUCGGGAGCUCAAUGUCAAGUUGGACGUUUGCCGCGUGACGAACCUCGGAUACGAUCAGUAUCUGGUGGGUCUGCGGCCUGAUGAAUGGCCACAAUAUGACUUGUAUGACCCGACAGGGAACGGACGAAGCUUAGAUCAGCGCUUUGUUGAGGUCGCCACGGGCAUCAGGCAACCAACUGUAAGCAACGGUGGGGAGAAUGAGCAGUUUGAGUAUUGGCCAGAGGAAGCAGAACAGACCUGGGCGUACGCCGACAAAGAUAGACCUCGAAGGAUGCGGAGGCGCGACUGGGAUGCAAUUGCAUAUAUGACUGGUGGUGAAAACAACAAUACUUCGUGUUGGCACAAAACGAUAGACGGCUAUUUUCCAAAUUUCAACCAAUUUACAGUCGAUGAGCUACAUCGCUUUGCCGACACAGCCUGCGAAGGUAUGGAGGAAGUGAAUCGUCAGACGGAAGCAGGCGAUUUUGAAGGCAUUGGGUCUGCUGAGGAUGAGUUUCUGGAUGCAGCAGAAGACGCGGAUGUGCAAAAUUUACAGCCGCUCUUCGGUGACGCUGGCGAAUGAUGGGGAAGGAUAUACCCUUUUGCGCGAUAAAAAAAUUCCAAUUUUAUUUUUUUUCGAUUACCUGCAGCAGGAAUCAAUCUUGCAGACGGCGUAAGUAUUUUGC